UCAGGUUUGUGGAACUAUGCUAACGGCCAGAAACGCAGGGGCUAGAAAGAACCCGCUAAGAAGAGUGAGGAUUUUGCGAACACAACAAAUGACAUGUUCUGGAUAUACUGAUAAUAGCCCGUGAUAGGAUGCAGUAGGCAGUAUACACUGUUUUGUCGCAUUCGAUAUAAUAGUGUUAUCUAAGGAAGGCAGCUUCCUGGACCUAUCCAUCGCCGGAGUUUGUCGGGUAGGCUCCCGCUCAUCACCGUACUGCAGUAUGUUACUCAUACCGAGAAGAGUGCUGCGACGCGGCUAUGAUCUGGAAGCUUGAUCGGUCACUGGGUUGUCAAAACGCCGGCGUUGUAGCCUUUAGUAGUUUUAAGUAAUGCGUUCAUUGUGUCCGUAAUCCACUGCUUCUAUGCAAGUGAAUGUUUCAAAACAGUUUCAGAUUCAGUUACGCGUUCGAGCCGCAGUUUGCAAAAAUAACCAAAUGACACCCCCAGUGUGAUAUCAGUCCUGUUAACAUCAAGGUUUGUCUGCUGUGACAACGCGGCAGACGGCAUGGAGCGCGCAGGCAGUAUUCAGCUCGACAUCCCGGACUUCAGCAACUCGGUGCUGUCCCACCUGAAUCAGUUACGCAUGCAGGGCCGCUUGUGCGACAUUGUGGUGAACGUGCAGGGACAGAGUUUUCGCGCGCACAAGGUGGUGCUCGCCGCCAGCUCACCAUACUUCCGCGACCACAUGUCACUGAGUGAGAUGAGCACGGUGUCCCUCUCCGUCAUUCGAAACCCGUCGGUGUUUGAGCAGCUGCUGUCAUUUUGCUACACAGGCCGAUUGUGCCUGCAACUGGCAGACAUCAUUAGCUAUUUGACAGCAGCUAGUUUUUUGCAGAUGCAGCACAUCAUUGAUCGCUGCACACAGAUUCUAGAGGGUAUCCAUUUCAAAAUUAACCUGGCUGAAGUGGAGGAAGACUUGGUUGGGGCUCACCGAAGCUCUGGGCGGACCUUGGAGUCUGGGAAUGUUGGUGGGGGUUCAAUGGGUCCGCACUUGCUCAGUCCCAGACUCCGUAGUCCGAAGGUGACCGGCCCAUGUGGCAUAGGAGAUGUUGGAGCAAUGGAGGUACGCAACACAUGUGAGACACAAGACGUGAGCCCAGCUGGCAACUCUAUGAGCCCUCAGGUUGUUGAGCACAGUGGGCUUGUGUCAGAAAUGUUAGGGGACAAGGGAGGGACAAGCAACAUCAGGGAAAAAGAGCCAGUCCUGCGCAUUAACCGAUCAGGGCAAUGGUAUGUUGAGUCUGGACUAGAGGAUAGUAGGGGAGAGGAAAUAGGGGUGCGGGUGCCGGAUGGCUUGCGGAUCAAGACGGAGCAUUUAGAGGAAUGGGGGGGCAUGGAAAGUUCGUCAGCAGCUGAAGUGAGUGGGACAGUGGAGGAGGGUGCCCCCAUGAUGAUCGACGCCUCAGGCCGCAGCUCACUGGUGCAAGAGGAAUUUGUUUCAGGUGCCUCUGGGUCAAAGAGCUCCCAGCCCUCCAGCAGCUUCAGCGAGACUGAGAGGUUCAGUCCUACAGGUAGUGUAGUGGUGAUGGCAGAACGUCAGAGGGCCAAGAGUGAGUCUCCAGGGAGAGUGUAUGAUCAGAAACACCACAGCUCACAGGGUGAGGAACAGGCCAUUUUUGACAUGGGCGGCUACGAGGAAUACCUGAGGGAGCAGGUGGGUGAUCGCUGGUUCCGCUACAACCCACGCCUCACCUGCAUCUAUUGCUGCAAGUCUUUCAACCAGAAGGGAAGUCUGGACCGACACAUGCGUCUACACAUGGGCAUCACACCAUUUGUGUGCCGCAUAUGUGGUAAGAAGUACACACGGAAGGACCAGCUGGAAUACCAUAUCCGCAAGCACACUGGCAAUAAGCCCUUCCACUGCCAUGUUUGUGGAAAAAGCUUCCCUUUUCAGGCUAUCCUCAACCAGCACCUCCGCAAGAACCACCCUGGUUGUGUCUCACAGGAAGCAGCCCACAGUGCCUCCCCUGAAACCACCACCGUCUCAUCUAGGGGAGGCCAUGCUGAUGAUGGGUCCCCUGGCCAGGAGGAAGGGGAGGGGAAUGGGGCAGGAGGAGGGUCAACAUCCUCAUUGGGGGAGGGUAUGCAGCCCUCAGUUUCCACCACAGGCCCUGAUUAAGGUGUCAAGAUGUUCAGAAGAAUGAGGUGAGAGUUGAUGAUUGGGUGGGGGAGAAUCUCAAUUUUGGAGAAUGUAUCAUAUUCCCUGCCCUCAACAAGCAAUCUCAACCUUACCUCUAUUCUCAGCUCUUACUCUCACCCAAAUCCAAAACUUUCCCCACCCGAGACUCAAUCACAGAGGCAAAACAGCAGAGGCAAUAUCUCAGCGACAAAUGAGAGAGUUAAACGUGAAAUAUUUUCAAAGCUGCUUUUCUUCACACUUAGGAUGAGAAAAGGGAGGAUUCACCUGAAUAUGGAUAGUCGUAUCUUCAAUUAUUCAUUUUAAAUAUCCUUAUAUGAAAUGUGUGAAACAAACUUACAAAGAUGCAAGAGUUAGUGUACUAGCAGAUUUAUAUGUUGGUUAUUUAAGAAUGGUCUUUCUGCUUUAAACCACAUCUACCUUCACUAAUACAGACUGAACCAGAAGCUAUCUAAUGAAGAAACUCCACACUUCAACAGCCUCACAAUCACUGGAUACACAGUGUUUUGCCUUUCCGGUUUUUAGUAUGUUACUUUUUUUUUUUUUUUUUUUGCUUUCUUUUGUAAAAGGUUUUGUACUUCUUGGAGCAAAAGUUUAGAAUUCAGGAAAAAUUUUGACAUGUUUAAAUUCGGCCAGAUUGCCAAGGUAUUUGUGCCAAAUAUUGAAGUUAAGAUAAAAGAGGAGACUUUGUUUCCCUUUUUUUAAAUUUUGCCUUCUGACAAUCUUGUUAACCUCUGCUAGGAUGCAACACUACCAUAGCAGAGAGUCUGCCAAGUGUGUUGUCUGAAAGACCUUUUAGGUCCGAUCAGGUGGGAGAAUAGAAUAAUUUGAUCUUUAAAAUGAAAAGUGCCAAUUCGGCUUUACUGGUGUUUACACACACUCAGACUUGGAAAAGCCUCUAAUAUUGAAUCAUAAUACAACACUGAAUUUGUAGUGUAUUUAAUUACUUAAUCAAUCUUGGUGUCUUAGAAUUAAACUGCUUUGUAGGAUAUGAUAUUGGCUAUAUGAUGUCCUUUUGGACAAACAGUUGGUCCUGGAUCUGACUUAUUUUACAUAUAAUAUCUACUUUCUCUGGAACGCCUUUCAACAUUCAACAUUUUCAAAUAGCUGCUGAAUGUUAAUAUCAACAGUAAUACAGAAAACAUAAAAGUCUUCAACCUCAGAUAAGCUACUAGACAGCUCAGUUACCUCUCAAUGAUCACUACGCAAUACAAAUCUGUUACCAGUGGACUGGUAAAUGCACUCAGUAUUAUUAUUAUGAUUAUUAUUAUUAUUACUGUUGUUGUAAAUUUUCUUUUCUUUGUAUUUUUAAUGAACUACUCUAUAGUCCCUUGUAUUGAAAGCUAGUUGGGCUCACAGUUCUAAGUCAAAGGCUCAAGAUGAGGGUCCAAGAGUCCAAAACCGCAUGGACAAAAAGAAGCUAGAUGGUCUAUGAACUUGGAAUGGAACAACUCCCCUGGUGCAGAUAGAAGCAGUGGUUCAACCCCCUUCACUUUAUGGUGUUAAAGCAGCACAGAAUGUCAUGGAAUAGCAACCUUUAAAUGUUCUUUACCUCAACAGAUUGACUACCCAUGGAUUAUGUCACCAGUGUUGAAAAGAACCAUUUUGUCCCCUUGACUUUCUUUUUUUCCGCAGUAUAUUCCUAAACAAUUUAUUUAUAUGGUGUUGUACACCCAUCUCAAAUCUAGACAUUUGUCAAUUUGAGAAAAUUAUUUCGCAUUCAUUUUGUAAUGUUUCCCCUCAGAACCUGGCCUUUCUUUCUCUCUCAAUUUCUCUGAGUUCAAUAAUAGCCCCUGCUUGUGUGCAAUUUUUUUUUUUUGUCUCAAAUGUCUUUUCUUUGUCUCGUGAGAAAUAAAUCAGUUAAUUUGUUUCUCCUAAGGGACCCUCAGCUGCAAACCCUGCUCUUGUCUCAACCCAAGUCUAAUUUAAAUUCAACUUAAAGGGCUCUAUUUUUACGAUCAAAAACAAGGUGCAAAGCUUCUUCUUAUCCCGACGCAAAGCUUAUAACUAUCUUAGACUCAUCUUUCGCCAUGCGCUUCACUUUUAUUAAGCCUUGCGCCCAGGGAUGUGGCAGAAGGUGUGGUCUGGCGCAUGAUCCAAAAAUCGCUGUCUUACACCCUCAAAAAAUCAUUACCCCACUGACCAAGAAAAACCUGGUCUAUAGUGAAAGGCGCAUCUAAAGCACAGCUGAAGACGCACGGUCACAAAAUGUAAGCAGCCCUUAGCAAGCAGUCCCAAACAACUUCUCUGCAGGAUAAAUAGCCUUAGGAUUUCUAUUCAGUCAUUCAAACAUUAUUGGGGUAAGUGUUGCUUUUUUCAUGUUUUCGAUGGUAAUCCCUUGUCAGUCAAUAGUGAAAGCAAUUAACUGUGUAGAACUGUUUUGUCAUUGACUAUGAGACCACGGUUAGUUUCACUUUGCCAAUGACUUCAAAUAAUAGUCAAGUGCAGUAGGCUAUACUCUGCUAGGUUUUAGUAAAGCAUGGUUUAGUGAAAUACCUGGGGGGUAUUCCAAGUACGUGGUUUAGUGACAAACCUGGGUAAAUUAACUCAGUAAGUGGGAAACCUCCUACAACAAGAGCCCUAUGGCAUUGUUUUGUUAGGAGAAUAAAGCCAUACAGUGGGUUUACCCCUUACUCUGAGUUAACCUACCCAGGUUUGUUACUAAACCACAUACUUGGAAAACCCCCCUGUUCCAUACAGUCUUGCGUGCAAGCAGAUUCCUUCAAAUGCGCCGCUGACUAUCAAAAAACCGAUACGCUGUUUGAAGUUGCGCUGCUUGCUGUUAAAGGGAAUGACCGAUGUAAUUUUCAUUAGUUUAAAGGAUGUUAUGCCCAAAACACACCCAUGACUGAUUAAGAAACAUAAGACCCACCUUUUUGCGCCAAGCGCCCGGCGUUUGAUAGCAAAAUCACCCAGAAUGUGGACUGGAUACACCCCUAAAUGUAUUUCAGCUUUUCACCAGUAACCGUACGUUUUAGAUCGCCAAGAUGGAGCCCAAAAUCUCAAAGAACUGUUUUUCUUCUCAAUUUAUAUCUGUUUUUCUGUGUUGGUGGUCUGGGGUUAACAAUGUUAAAGGUGCAGUCAGUUAUCGUACACAAUUUCAACUUCAUUCAGCCAACAUCUCAUAAUCCGCUAGCUGCCCAUCCCGUGAGAACACUGUAAAAAAAACAGUCUCUGUAGGCAGCCCACCGAAAACUGGAAACAAAGUGUGAACAAAUAAGAAACACUUUGGAGUUUCUCUGGCAAUACUGAAGGGAGGGGUGAGCUACCUCUCCAAUGUAUUCUGUUUGGUCCUUGGUUAAAAUACUGUGUAAUGUAUAUUGUUUUGGACAAAAGCAUCUGCUACAUUUUUUUAAUUGUAAACAUAAACAAAUCUUCCACAAUCACUGACUGUACCUUUAAAUUAAACAAGUUUAAGGCUUCUGUAGUUAGCAUAGUCCAUGUUUAUGACAAUUGCCCUGGAAAAGUACUGAUGAAACAUUUCCUAAGUUUACAAAUUUAUCACAAAUUUGCAGUAAGUCACUGAAGCUCUUUAACUAUUACAGUAGACUAGAACCCCAACCCUGAUUAUUAAAGAUAAACGUACGUAGGCUAUUAUUAGCACAUGUUUUUUUAUCAGAAUUGUAUUUGACUGAUAUAACCUUGUGUAGACAGCACAGACCUGAACCGGACUUGCUCCUAGCACGAGUGGUUAAUGUCAGUUCUCUGAAUAAUGUGCCAUGGACUCUAACUUAGACAAGGUGCUGUCAUGGUCCAUGUAAACCAUUUUCGUAUGUUUUGAAGCACCAAGUCUUGUCUGCAAAACAAAGAGAAGUAAUAGAGAGAAAGACAAAAUAAAUUGUCCUACAAUCAAGAUCUGGUGAUAUGAGUUGUGCUGGCAAACUGCUGUGUAUGGACUCGUAUGCAGAAAUCCUUGAAACUUAACUUCAUCUGAAAUCUGUGCUGCUUUAAAAAUGUCAUACCUCAGUGUGAUGUUUCUACCUUCACUACCAUUACACAGUACACAUUUAUUUUUAAUAUAAAUUCAGAAUAGAAAGCUCAGACAAUAGGACCACAAAAUACUUGUCAGAGCAAUGAUGGGAUAUCAAAGGGUUGUAGGAAUGAUUAUUGCUUUGGUAUCAAGCCUAGGUAUGCUUAUUUUAUUUAUAUAGCAAAUGACAAGGCGAUAAUAGAAGACAGUCAUGUAAUGGUUGAAAACCAAGGAUAUUAUCAGUGAUAAAUCUACUUUUAAGAGCUGUGAAUCACACUAAAGUGACUUAAAAAUACAAUCGGGAAUACAGCUACUGAUGUUUUCAGGUGUCUUUGUCCACUAUUGUAUUAACAGGUCAGAACUUUGACAAUACAACAUGACCUCUGUGUAAAUCAUCCCCCAGGCUGGUGGUUCUGAAUUCCCCACGGAUAUCAGGAAUUCUGUUAACUUGUUUUUUUUUUUUUUUCAUUCUUGAAGUAGUUCUGUGUACUAUUCAGGUUUUCAAAUGAGCUGUCAUAUGUGUGGACAUUUGUUUCAAGAUUUUAUGCAGCAUUGUCUGACUUCCCUUCAAUAUGGGGUGAACACAAUAUAAUUAGGGGGGCAGAGAUUGUUAGCUCUUUGAAAUUGCACUGAUUGCACAGCUGGACCGUGUUGAAUUAGUUGCUGAUCACAGAGCCUAGAAGAGGCCUGGAGCUAAUGUUUGCUCUGAGCAUCUAUUUCCAUCAUUAGUAACAGAAUGUAAAGCCGGCUAGUCCAAGUAUUCAAAAAAAUAUGUCUGCAGUUUUGAGAUGGAUAUAUGUGUUUCCCUGUAAUUACACAGGACAAAAAGUAAUGGUGCUACAGGAUGCAAAGUAUGCAUUUGUCAGUAUAGUUUAGGAUAAGACCAGGCCUAGAACACACUUUGGACCUAAUGUAACUGGCUGAAUGGUCUUUCUCCAGGACUCUUUUUUGUACUGUUUGACAUGGCAUUAAAGCUGAGCUCAAUAAAUAAUCAAAAUAACUGGGAAAUGUCUAUCAAAACAUCAAGUUUGGCUUGGUUUAUGUACAUGUUUUAUGUAGAAAUGGGGCAGGUUUUACGUAUACUUUGCAGAAAUGGGGCAGUAUAUGUCCUAACAAUGUAGGUCAAAUACAGUAUGUAUUGGGAGAGAGUGCAGUGAUUUUAUAAUAGGUCCACUUAUGUUUGAUAUAUGAUUCCAUUCCACAGUACAUAUUUCAUUUGGUGUAUCAAUCAGAUUGGUGCCCCAGACAUCCAUCCACUACAACAAAGUGAAAAACAGUUAGAACUUAUCCAGGAUUCUACUUGUUUGCAACAGAAAUAAUUUACUAUUUGCCUUUUCUUUGCGUUCUGCAAUGCAAUCCUAAUUUGAAAUGGAUCAUUUCCAAAGCUUUAAUAAUUCUACAUAGUAAUAGAUUUAUUGUUGUAGUGUAAAUAGGAAUAGUUCAACUUAUUAUGUUAAAUUAAGUAUUGCUAUUGUUUACCAACAGACUCCUCUAUCAAAGAAAGGUCCUUUCCUGAAAACCUCAGCAAUGUUUGUUGUGACCCCCUAUGCCUCCUCCCUUCUGGAGAGUGAAUGGGUCUGUCCAGUGUGCUUUUUUUUACAAUGGCUGUCUCCAUAGUUAGAACUUGUCCAGAGAAAAGGGCAAGACGGAAGUACUGAUACAGUGAGCUGCAUCAAAGUGCGGUUCAGAGAUUUUUUAUGCAAUCAGUCCGUUUAAUCAGUCUUACUACCAAAUGCUAAGGUGAGCUACUUUGUUAGCUAAAUCACCCAUUUUAAAAUUAGAUUGCCUUGUAUAUCAAAUGGAUGGUCAGUCAUAUCAUUUUAAAGUUGUCUGUAUGACAUUUUCCUUCAGCUGAAUAUUUUUUUUUUUUUUUGUUCUUAAUGAAGCCAUAUUUUAUCUUGCCUUUAUUUGCAGUAUAUAGCAUGAUAUGGGGACAUAUUUAUAUUUCCAGUUCAUCUAAAGUAGAAGCAAUACAAUCAGGAAUAAUGUGGAUGUCUUUUAUUUGUACUUAGCUGACAGUUUUAAAGAUAUACAUUAAAGAGACAAAUGCCCUGAGUCUGAAUUAUGAUAAAACACGCAAUGCCCAAAUGCAAAGAUUAUUCACAAUGAUACUGUACUUCAGUUGUCGAACAAACUCUUGCAGCAUAUUCUGUAUUUUCAUGUAAUCUUAAAAAAUAAAUAAAUUAAAACAAUGUAUGUAAUUUAAUAUGCAUUGCUUUAAAGAAGUGAUCCCAUAUUGAUUACUUGUAUUAUGGACUUGUAUUGCCCCCUUUGAUAGAGGUACAGAACUAGCUGAUGUACUGAUUUUAAUGAUAAUGUGAAUUGUACCUUUACAACAACCACUACUUUUUUGAAUAGUAUUGUCAAUUCCAUUCUCCUAAAAGGAAAUAAAGCACUUUAAGUGUACUGUGAAUGAUUGGGUUGUCAUAUUCUAUUCAUUCUGCAUGAAUAAAUCCCACUUAUGUGAUACUGCAGAAUAAAACCAUUUCAAUUCAAAAUCUGAA